AUGGGCAAAGCAAAGCCGCAGAAAGAGGGCAAGCCUCAGUGGAGACCCAAACGUCCUGCAGCGGCAGUAGCUGCAAUGCCGAAGGCGCCGAAGUAUUCAGACUCGUUCAUCCCUCCCGGGUGUGACGACGGCGAGGAGUACGAGGACUCGACGCGCUACGAAGAUGCGAUGACUCGAGGUCACUGGGUUCCUCCGCGCUUGAAAGGCCGCAAUGAGUCACUCAUCGAGGCCGUCAACGACUGGCACUUUGCCAUGCUGAACGAUUCUCAUCGAAAUCAGUUCUACUGGGAUGCCCUGGCUGCGGUCGUCCAGGGCAAGCGCGUGAUCGACAUAGGCUCUGGUAGCGGACUCCUCUCUCUGAUGGCGGCGAAGUUGGGCGCGAGUUCCGUGGUCGCCGUGGAGCUUGCUGCCAUGGACAGUGCUCCGGACUAUGCCGGGGAAGAAGUGCCAGGCACUCUCAUGACCUGGAGGCAAGCAGGAAUUCUGAUUUUCACCUUUGCCGCACCCUCAGCAGUCAUGGCUGUGCCCUUUGCAAUUGCCAACGCUGGCUUCAUAGGGGGCAUUGUGAUCUGUAUGGUGAUCACUGGGGCCUCGAUUGCUGGUGCGAAUAUGCUGCUGCAGAUUAAACUCUGCUAUCCGGACUGCGAAACCUUCGGGGACCUCGGUUUCAAGGUCUUCGGUCGUCCUGGCGAGGUCUUCGGAAAUCUGAACCUGGGUCCAAAAGUAGUCCAAAAGCCAAGGAUUCAGCUGGGCAACUUCUGUUUGUUCAUGCCUUGCGCCUUGCGCUUCUGUGGUGACGCCCUGCAGGGCAUCGGAAGCAUCGGCCCACUGGGCUCUUGCUCGGACUAUUACGUUUGGCUCGUGGCACUCUUCUGCUUGCUGACGACUCAGGUUCGGAGACUCAGCAAUGCCAACAUCUUCGCGCAAAUCUCGCUGGUGUGCACCUUCGGCAUGAUCGGUUGCAUGCUGGCAGCAGUCUUCCUCUACGACAUUGAUGACAAGAUCUCCGCCCGCUUAGUCGGCAACCCAGAGACUGAUCUGAACAUGAUGGCGGUGAGGCUGGCCAGUGGCUGCACUAUCAGUGCCUGGUCUUAUGUGCCGGCUUUCCUCGCGGUGGAGCUCAGCGCUUGCAUGGAGACGCCCAAAGACUUCAAGAAGUCACUCGUUUUCGCAGGAGGCCUCAACGUUCUGGUCUUCAGCAUUGUAGGCAGCAUAGUGGUGGCGCGAUGGGGCUACGAAGUCGGCGAAGUCAUCAGCAUCACAGGAGGCGUCGGUGCCUGGGUGCCGGGGACUGCUCUGAACACGAUCUUCAGCUGCUUUAAGUUGGGGGGGAACUUCGUCUCGUACAUGCUCGACACAGUGCCGCUCUGCCGGUUCUGCCAAAGGAGCUGGGCGCCAAGCUUCAAGGACACAUGGUCCGUGUCUGAUGUGAUGCGGUAUCUGGGCUACACGCUGCCAACUUUCAUCUUAGCCCUAAUCCUGGCCACGUUCAUCCCCAGCAUCGGGACGCUGCUGGACUUCGUCACAGCCCUGACAACGCCCUGGGUCACCCAGAUUUACCCUGCCCUGCUGUACUGGAGGUUUCUCCGGGACAGCGAUGACCGUGAUGCGAAAUCGGGAAAGUCCAGCCAGGCAUCUCGCUCCAUGAUGCAAGAAAAGGCGGUAGGGCUCUUCGUGCUCCUCGUGGGCUACGUCAGCUUUGUCAUGUGCUCCGUGAAAGCGGUGGGCUACCUUGCCAUCGAAGACCUCCGACCCAAUUUUCAGAUCGGCUGCAGUGGUUGGGCUUCAAAAGAUAUGGCAGAGCUUGCUAGGCUGAAUGCUGAGCGCAACGGGCAGGAGGAGAAGAUCAAGCAUCUGGCCGUGCAGCUGGACCCAGAGAAGCCAAGCGCCCCGAGCAGCUGCCGAGAUCUUCUCCUAUCCUCUUUGAGCCGGCUCGUGCCGAAGUUCUUCAGCACUGGGGACAACUGGAGGGCUUUUCUCAAAGAAGAAGGCUAUGCUGUGCUGAGUGAUAUUCUACCAGGCGACGCUGUAGCAGAGGCUCUGAAGCUCCUUCUGGAGGAUUUGCAGAUGCUGUCUCCGGAGCUCCGGAGCUUGGACGAGGUUCGUGAGCAUCAUUUGCCCCGAUCUGCUGCUGCCAACGACCUGCGCUCCAGCGCAGGGCUUUGCCACGGCAACUUUGCUUGGUUCCUGCGCUGCCGCCCGGAGGUCACACGGCUCUUCGAAGCCAUGUUCGAUCUACCGGAAGACGCUCCACUCAUCGGCUCCGUGGACGUCGUGGCAUUGGCUCCUCCUGGGAGCAGCAAAACGGCUGGCAAGCAGUGGCUGCACCUGGACUAUACACCGCCGCAGGGCACCAUCUGGCAGGCGUGCUUGCAGCUCUUCCCUCGUACGGAGAAGCUCGGAUCGAGGUGGGAACGCAUAGCGCUGAUGAUCUGCAAGGCACCUGCUGCAUGGGCCGCACCUAGCGUGCCGCGGAUGCUGCUGGCGGCUUGUGUUACUGGCUCCGCUUCUCGAGCGACGGCUGGCGUCACUCUCGGCAAGCUGCACCGGGAGGCGAAGGAGGCACUAGCCGCGAGGCUGCUACCAGAGCUGACCGUCGCACCUCAGGCUUCAGUGCAGGCGGCCGGCCAUGCAGAGUCGGAUGUCGACCGCCUCCGUCUUCUCACGGCACAGGAGGCGGCUCGCCGCUACCCUGCGGAACGGUUGCGCGCACUGUUGCCGCCUGGUCGCGCGCGUUAUGUGUCGCCGGAGUGCGUUUUCCCAAAAGGCGCUCACAACCCUACGAAACAGAGGGCAGCCCGGCCGAGGGCGUCGGCGCUGGCAUCGGCCCGCGUCGAAGUGCGGCCUCCUCCUACAGGGCGCUUCAUGAGCCUCCUGAGGCCUGCCCCGGCUUCCGACCUCGCUCUUUCCGGGGGCACUGAGCGGAUGGAGCUCGAGAAACGAUCGCAGGCGAAGGACGCGCGUCUUAGCAGCUGCAAACGGUCGUUGGUGGAAGACCCAGACGAGGAGUCGCUGAUGUCACUGCUGCUUAAACGUCGACGCCUUGGCUGCGAUGUGAGCAAUGUCAUCAUUGUUUGA